AGCACUUUGGCGCAAGUCAUUAACCGCUCCGCAAAGCUCUUCAUCGUCCACAAGCUGACCCCUUAAUGGCCGGCUCCUCCAAAUCCCUCCCCAUCGCAACAUCAACAGCAGUGGCGUGAGAUUCCACAGAUUCAUUCCACGCCGUCGUUUCGGUGUCGCUUCCUUCCCCGGCCCAGCUCCUCCCUCUGUCCCUCCGAGAGGUCAGGACUCAGCUGGAGGAGAAAAGUCCAGCCCAACUCUAUCGACAUCUCUCCUUUUAACGCCAGUCCAGGUCUCGCCGCCAUUGCGCCAGGGACUCUCGGAACCCCGGUGCUUGGUCAUCGUCGCAGGUCUUGUUCGUCUCCCGGGGCUCCCGUCGAGGUCGAUCCUGGUUGAGCAUCAUUGAUUUAAAGGGAACAUGUUUCGGAAAAAGCAAGCUUCUCAUUUCGAUUCAGAUGAUGCUGAGCAGAGACAAGCAAAGAUCAAGGAACUAAGAGCUGCUCUUGGGUCUUUAUCUAGCCGUGGAGAAAAAUAUUGCGAUGAAGCAUGCUUGAUAAGAUAUCUCGACGCCCGCAACUGGAAUGUUGACAAGUCUAGAAAAAUGCUGAAAGAAAGUCUCAAGUGGAGGGCAACUAAGAGACCUGAGGAUAUUCGCUGGCCCGAUGUUUCCGUUGAAGCAGAAACAGGUAAAAUGUACAGGGCAACUUUCACAGAUAGAGAGGGCAGAACUGUGGUUGUAAUGAGACCCGCAAAGCAGAAUACAUCGUCUCACGAAGGGCAGUUGCAAUAUCUUGUAUAUACCUUGGAGAAUGCAGUCCUCAGCCUGCCUGAAGGUCAUGACAAAAUGGUGUGGCUGAUAGACUUCACAGGAUGGACACUGGCCCAUGCGACCCCCUUCAAGACUGCCAGAGACUGUAUGAAUGUCCUGCAAAACCAUUACCCGGAGAGGCUUUCAAUUGCGUUUCUGUUCAAUCCGCCCAAAGUAUUUGAGGCUUCUUUCAAGGUUCUCAAAGUACUGGUUGACCCGAAAUCAGCCCAGAAGCUGAACUUUGUGUACAAGGAGAACGAAGAGAGCAUGAAGACAAUGUACAACCACAUUGAUCCAGAAGUCCUUCCUGCGGAGUUUGGAGGGAAGAACAAUGCCGUGUACAACCAUGAAGAUUACUCCAAGUUGAUGACAAAGGAUGACAUCAAAACGGCAAGCUUUUGGGCAGCAGAUGUUAACCAUGUCAUCAACGUGGACUCGGUUCCUGAGGUUAAGCCGCAGCCGUCACUAAUUGUUGCUAAAGCGAGUUGAGGAGCAUCGGCCAGCCAUCUUAUCUGUUAUUGCAAAAGUUGGUUGAGGAGCUUCAGUAAGCCGUUGCCACGGUUCUCGGUACGGCUCUGAAAGAGGAAUGUAUAGAUAUGUUGAGGAUGCUUGGAUAAAUAAAUGUAACUGCAGAAUAUCUCGCUUGUGAUGUUACAAAAAUAGUUACUACUA